AGCAUCCCGAACGUCGUCUCGUGCUUGAAUUGGGUCUUGACUUGCCGCGUGCUGCUUCCAAUUCCCGCAGUCCAGCACAUACACAUAGCUCAUCAUGAGGACAAAACGCUUCCAUGGCCUCAAGUUGCCAAAAAUCCGCAUGUCGAUGAGCAAAAACAAUCUCUACAACCUCUCUCAACAAAAACACGCCGCCGUUCGCGGCACCUACUUCCAGCAGAAAUGGUUUGCGAAGAGGGAAACCCGCGCCUACCACGGCGAGCAGAUCCGCGAGAAGAAGUGGCAGCGAAUGUUUACGUCCCGCAUCAAGUCCGUGAUACCCAUGCAUCACAGAUACAUGGCCCGCUACGAUGGAUCUGAGCAGGCCGCCGGCCGCGGCUCGGGUCUUCAAACUGGUGAACCUUUGGAUGCAAAAGCUCUUCAGAUGAAACGAGGCAAAGUGAUCCCCUACAUGGGCAUGACAUAUGCGCCAGUGGAGCGGAGACUAGACACUGCGGUUUUCCGUGCCCUGUUUGCCAGCAGUGCAAGGCAAGCACGACAGUAUGUUCUGCACGGAGGCGUCAAGGUCAAUGGCAAGAAGAUGACCUAUCCCGGCUACCUCCUCAACCCCGGCGACAUGUUCCAAGUCGAGCCCGACCGCGUCCUCUUCGCCACCGGCGCCCCCAAAGAAGUCGAGGACGUCCAGGCAACCAAAGCCCACCGCAAGCGUCUCGCCGCCGCGAAGGCCCCCCGCGAAGAGACCACCUCGGAAGAAACCUCUGAGGAAGCCACACCCGCCGAAGAGCCCGAGCUCGACGAAGCAGCCGUCGAGAAGAAGCAGCGCAAAGAGCACAAAGACAACCUCCAAUCCCUCCUCGCCAGCGCGCGCGCCGUCCUCGCCGACAAGAGCGCCCACAGCCCCAACGCCAAGAAGAAGCAGGAGAUCCGCGCCUUCGCCGCUGCCGUGCGCCGCGCAAUCGGCGGCGUGAACCGCACCACCACCGAGGACCUCGACGCCCAAGUCGCCGAGCUGGUGUCCAAGCUCUCCCUCGCCAACCUGCCCAAGGCCAAGCCGGCUGCUGCUCCGACUUCCGGAACCGUCGAUCCGUCGCUGGAGGCGCAGGUCGUGGCUACCAAGGAGUCAGCUGUUGAGAAGGCGCCUGCGGCGGACCGCCAGACGCUCGCGGAGGCGCUGCGUGAGGUCCGUGAGAACCCGAUCGAUCCGAGUAAGCCGUAUGCGACGCCGUGGAGGCCGCGUCCGUAUAUGUCUGCGUUUGCGUUUGUGCCGAGAUACCUGGAGGUUAACCAUAAUAUCUGCGCGGCGGUGUACUUGAGGCAUCCGGUGGCGCGACCGGGAGUUGCGGAGGUGCCGUCGCCGUUCUCGUCAAAGAGCUCGACACUGGCUUAUAACUGGUACUUGAGACGGAGGUAGAUGGGGAUAAGACAGGGGAGGAGAAUGUGGAGUGGAGGGAUGGAUAUAUGGGGUAAGAUAGUUUGGGGGGUGAGCAGUGUAGCGUGCAUUUGUAUCAUAGGUGGGGUUUGUGCAAUGUUUCGAACGUGUAUGAUUGGGGUAUUGAAAUGAGAUAAAAUGUAUUUCUAUAUAGAAAUGUACAGCUCUUCUAAGUUA